AUGUCUUCACCAGCAGGAAAGUUCAAGGUUGCGGACAUCAACCUCGCGGCCUUUGGCCGACGCGAGAUUGAGUUGGCCGAGCAGGAGAUGCCCGGUCUUGUUGAGACCCGCAAGAAGUACGCCGACGAGCAGCCUCUGGCAGGUGCCCGUAUUGCCGGUUGCUUGCACAUGACCAUUCAGACCGCCGUUCUUAUCGAGACCCUCAAGGCCCUCGGUGCCGAGAUUACCUGGACAUCAUGCAACAUCUUCUCCACCCAGGACCACGCCGCCGCUGCCAUCGCCGCCGGCGGUACCCCCGUCUUCGCCUGGAAGGGUGAGACCGAAGAGGAGUACCAGUGGUGCUUGGAGCAACAGCUUAAGGCCUUCCCCUCCGGCAAGAAGCUCAACCUGAUCCUCGACGACGGUGGUGACCUCACCGCGCUUGUUCACCAAAAGUACCCUGAGAUGCUCGACGACUGCUACGGUGUCAGUGAGGAGACCACCACUGGUGUCCACCACCUGUACAAGAUGCUCAAGAACAACAAGCUGCUGGUACCAUCCAUCAACGUCAACGACUCCGUCACCAAGAGCAAGUUCGACAACCUUUACGGAUGCAGAGAAUCGCUCGUCGACGGCAUCAAGCGUGCCACCGAUGUCAUGAUUGCAGGCAAGAUCGCCGUCGUUGCUGGUUUCGGUGAUGUCGGCAAGGGCUGCGCACAAGCUCUGCACUCCAUGGGCGCUCGCGUCUUGGUCACCGAGAUUGACCCCAUCAACGGUCUGCAGGCCGCCAUGGCCGGUUACCAAGUCGUGACCAUGGAGGAUGCUGCGCCCAUUGCCCAGAUUUUCGUUACCACCACCGGCUGCCGGGACAUCAUUGUCGGCAAGCACUUCGAGGUCAUGCGUGAGGAUGCCAUUGUUUGCAACAUUGGUCACUUCGAUAUUGAGAUCGAUGUUGCGUGGUUGAAGAAGAACGCCAAGGAGGUCGUCAGCAUCAAGGAGCAGGUCGWCCGUUUCCUCAUGCCAAGCGGCAAGCACAUUAUCCUCCUCGCCGAGGGUCGUCUUGUCAACCUUGGAUGCGCCACCGGACACAGCUCCUUUGUCAUGUCAUGCUCUUUCACCAACCAGGUCUUGGCACAGAUCAUGUUGUACAAGGCCAACGACAAGGCCUUCACCCAAAAGCACAUUGAGUUCUCUCGCGCUGUCGAGGAGGUCAAGGAAGUUGCCAGCAAGUCUACCGUUGACCGUCUGCCAAUUGGCGUAUACGUCCUGCCCAAGAUUCUCGAUGAGCAGGUUGCUCUGCUUCACUGCGAGCACGUCAACGUCAAGCUCACCAAGAUGACCGAGGCCCAGGUCGAGUACAUGUCUCUUCCUCAGGAGGGUCCAUACAAGCCAGAGAACUACCGUUACUAG